GUCAGCCAAGAAUAGAGUAAGAAAAAGGGAAGGGACUGACACGAUAUCGCUUGCCGUCUUGACUGCACACCUUUCUGCUUGAGUUUCGUGAUAUAUUCGUUUUACAGACCGGCGUCCGGUGUUUUCAUCUCCGCGAUUUGUUCAGUAAUCAAUAGCGGAGCAGGCAGUAAAUGCGGAUGUACCGUUUGGAGUGCAACGCCAAGGUAACUCGAUAGCACCCUUGAUUCGAUCCUUGAUCGCUUUUCAUCUUACCAACCAUAGUUCAGCAAGUUUACUGCCAGUAAAAAUUGAAAUUGUUGAGUAUAGGCUCAGGGGAAGGCACGGUUAAAUGGCUGCAAGUGAUCAGCUAUCCACCGAGCCCAUCAAGCUUUCUCACCGAUCCCGAAAGCGCGUUCGAGAGGUAAAACGAAAGGCUAGGCCAGAACUAUUCGAUUCAUCGGCAUGGGUACAGCUAGAGUAUCAUAAAACAUUCGAUACAUUUCGCCACUUUGAGGAUAACGUUGAGCGAAUUCAUGUGGGUAAAGUUAGUUCGAAUGAGUUCAUUGAACGGUUCGAACGCAUCUAUCAACCGGUGGUUAUCGAAGGUAUGCAGGAAGGAUGGAAGGCGGAACAUAAAUGGACGCUGGAAAGACUUGCCAAGAAGUAUCGCAACCAAAAUUUUAAAUGUGGCGAAGAUAAUGACGGUUAUAGUGUGAAGAUGAAAAUGAAAUAUUACGUCGAGUACAUGCGUACGACCACGGACGACAGUCCCUUGUACAUUUUUGAUAGCAGCUUUGGUGAGCAUCACCGCCGGCGCAAGCUUUUGGAAGACUACGAAGUUCCUGUCUAUUUCAAAGACGAUCUGUUUAAGCAUGUUGGAGAAGAGCGCCGCCCGCCAUACAGAUGGUUUGUAAUGGGACCAGCACGUUCCGGCACCGGUAUACAUAUCGAUCCCCUCGGUACCAGCGCCUGGAAUGCGCUCGUGCAUGGUCAUAAGAGGUGGUGUCUAUUCCCAACGCAUACACCAAAAGAAUUGCUUAAGGUUACUGGUUCCAUCGGGGGAAAGCAGCGUGACGAAGCAAUCACUUGGUUUAGCCUAAUUUAUCCUCGAACGAAGCGCAUCGACUGGCCGGGUGAUUGCAAACCGCUGGAAAUUCUGCAGAAACCAGGUGAAACCGUGUUCGUACCGGGUGGCUGGUGGCACGUGGUCCUUAACCUCGACGAUACGGUUGCCGUGACACAAAACUUCUGCAGUCGCACUAAUUUUCCUGUAGUUUGGCAUAAAACAGUGCGAGGUAGGCCGAAGUUGUCCAGCAAAUGGUUCAAAAUGCUGCAAGUGUUCGAGCCAGAGUUGGCCAAAAUUGCAUCGGACAUGGACCUUGCCCAGGGUACCGGUGUUGCGUCCGAUAGCUCGAGCAACUCUAGCUCAUCGUCUUCCAGCUCGAGCAGCGACGAAAGUGAUACUAACUCGAACACCGACAGCGGUCAAGAGUCAAUUUCGGCACACAAGCUUAAGAAGCGCCGAAAGGAGGAGGAAGCUGAGCAAGCCAUGGCUUGAUUGUUGCCUUCCUCUAUUUCUACUGUACUUCUGUUUAUCAAGGUGGAACAGGAAAGUUCGUGACAAAUAGUUAGCAAAUUGUGCACUAUAUUAUUUGCUUAGGUUAGGAAAAGCGAUCAGCCGAUAACGCAAAUUGGCUACCGAUGAAUAGCAAUCUGUUUUGCUUCCCCUUAAAUCAAGAUCAAUCAAAUAGAAAUUCGAUAAACUCGGAUAGGUAGCACACGGUCGCGUGUCGCUGCGUGCCCUACAAUCAGCCCGCCUACAUGGAAACAAUUUUGAGAUUUUGAUUUUCAUGGACAAGAUAUCGAUCGUUUCAGUGUGCUGUUAAAGUUAUUGGAAGGUAUAUAAACCAAAAACAGGCAAAUUUGACUACAACUGGCACGGUUGAUAUAGAUAAUUCAGCGGAGAGUAUUGUGCCUUUAGCGAAAUGUAUGCAAAUAAGAAGACGAACGAAUUCAUGCAUGUGUGAAGUAGUCGAUUGCAUAGUAUAACAAACAGUAUGAGUUCUUAUCCUGCAUUGAACUGUAUUCCUGCUGCAAAUAUUUAGGAUACUAUAUUUAGAACAUUCGUAGUAGAGUUCUGUGUGAUUUUCUCACUAAAUGGAGCACAAGCUUAGCGGAAAUAGCUAUGGAUAUCAUAAUGGCAAGUAUAAGUUAUUGAGGAACAGGGAUACUACAGUUUGGAACUGGUUAAUGGGACUAAUCCGGUGAUUUAUCCGGUUGUCCCUAGAACUCAAACCAUCGAUCAAUACUUCCACUCAAGAGCUCAUUCAGUAUAUUCACAUUCAGCUAUAUCUUCAAAUUAAAAAAAUAGUCUAGAAUGCCACUCUGUCGGCAUUCAAAACACGAAGCAUCGAUAUUAAGCUUCGGAAUAUUGCCAAGAAUAGGAUGCUGAGGUUGUCAAUAAUAGGACGAGAUAGAGAUUGCGGAAGGAUUUUUUUGCUAUCACGUCACAAAACCUACUGCGGCUCUUAUUCCAUGUAGUAGCGCAAUGAUGUAUUUAUAUAAUAAAUUGAAAAUAUG